AGCUGCACCAGGCGCUGACGGCGCUGCUGAGCGAGGCGGAGCGGGAGCAGUUCACGCACUGCCUAAACGCAUACCACGCGCGCCGCAACGUCUUCGACCUGGUGCGCACCUUGCGCGUCCUGCUGGACAGCCCGGUGAAGCGGCGCCUGCUGCCCAUGCUGCGUCUGGUCAUCCCGCGCUCAGACCAGCUGCUCUUCGACCAGUACACGGCUGAGGGUCUCUACCUGCCUGCCACCACCCCCUACAGGCAAUCUGCUUGGGGCGGCCCCGACGGCGCAGGGCCUGGGGAGGUGCGCCUGGUCAGCCUAAGGCGCGCUAAGGCCCACGAAGGCUUGGGCUUCAGUAUCCGAGGGGGCUCAGAACACGGCGUGGGUAUCUACGUUUCCUUGGUGGAGCCUGGUUCCCUGGCUGAGAAAGAAGGGCUGCGGGUCGGGGACCAGAUUCUGCGCGUCAACGAUAAAUCCCUAGCCCGGGUGACCCACGCAGAGGCAGUCAAGGCUCUGAAGGGCUCCAAGAAGCUGGUACUGUCUGUGUACUCUGCGGGGCGCAUCCCUGGAGGCUAUGUCACCAACCACAUCUACACCUGGGUGGACCCACAGGGCCGCAGCACCUCCCCGCCCUCAGGCCUGCCCAACCCCCAGGGCAGCAGCGCUCUGAGACAGCCCGAGGGUGACCGGAGGAGCGGCUUCUGCCUCCUGCAAGGCGGGGAUGAGAAAAAGGUGAACCUGGUGCUGGGGGAUGGCCGCUCCCUGGGCCUCACCAUCCGCGGGGGCGCCGAGUACGGCCUGGGCAUUUACAUCACGGGUGUGGACCCCGGCUCGGAAGCGGAAAGCAGCGGGCUCAAGGUUGGGGACCAGAUCCUGGAGGCCAACGGGCGGAGCUUCCUCACCAUCCUGCACGACGAGGCGGUCAAGCUGCUCAAGUCGUCUCGGCACCUCAUCUUGACCGUGAAGGACGUCGGGAGGCUGCCGCACGCCCGCACCACGGUGGACGAGACCAAGUGGAUCGCCAGUUCCCGGAUUGGGGAGAGCGCCACCAACUCGGCAGGGUUUCCAGGGGAUGUCACAACAGAAGGGACCAACAAGCCAGGAUUCUAUAAGGGCCCAGCCGGCUCCCAGGUGACGCUGAGCAGCCUGGGGAACCAGACCCGAGUGCUGCUGGAGGAACAGGCCCGGCACCUGCUGUCGGAGCAGGAGCGCGCCACCAUGACCUACUACCUGGACGAGUACCGCCGCGGCAGCGUCUCCGUGGAGGCCCUCGUGAUGGCCCUGUUCGAGCUGCUCAACACCCACGCCAAGUUUGCUGUCCUCUCUGAGGUAAGAGGCACCAUCUCCCCACAAGACCUGGACCGCUUUGACCACCUGGUGCUGAGGCGGGAGAUCGAGUCCAUGAAGGCACGUCAGCCGCCGGGCCCUGGGGCCGGGGACACCUACUCCCUGGUGUCCUACAGCGACACGGGCUCGUCCACAGGCAGCCACGGCACCUCCACCACCGUCAGCUCGGCCAGGAACACCCUGGACCUGGAGGAGUCGGGCCAGGCCGUCCAGGGCGGCGUCAACACGCUCCCCGACGUGUCCGUGGACGAUGUCAAGCCCAGCUCCGAGGAGCUGCCCCACACCAAGCUGCCGCCUCCCCCUCCGCUUCUGGGCCAAGGCCCAGGCCAGGACCGCCCGCCCAGCCAGCCGAGGAAGCCCGCCAGGGAGGACCCCCAGCCCCCCUCCUCCGCCUCCUCGCACUCAGGCAUCAUUUUCUCCGCACCCCAGACCUGCAGCCCGCCGCUGGCCGCCGCACCCUCCCCAGGGCCCCCCUCCACCCAGGACUCGCCCUCCUCCCCCAUCUACGCCUCCGUCUCCCCGGCCAAACCCAGCUCCAAGAGGCCACUGGAUGCCCACCUGGCCCUGGUCACCCAGCAGCCCAUCGGCCCCUUCCCUCGGGUCCAGUCGCCCCCACACCUGAGGAGCCCCUCGGCAGAAGCCCCAGGAGCUGGGGGCUGCCUCCCGCCGCCCUCGCCCUCCGACCCCCUGGACCAGCCGAACCAACACUUCGUCCUGGUGGAGGUGCACCGGCCCGACAGCGAGCCCGACGUGAACGAAGUGCGGGCCCUGCCCCAGACACGCACAGCCUCCACGCUCUCCCAGCUCUCGGACAGUGGGCAGACUCUUAGUGAGGACAGUGGCGUGGAUGCCGGAGAGCUGGAGGCCAGUGCCCCAGGCAGAGGCAGACAGAUGGCUUCCACCAAGAACAAGAGUAGCAAGGAGCUGCCGCAGACGGAGAGAGCCACCGAGGGGGCCACCAAGCCGCCUGGACUCCUGGAGCCUACGUCUACGCUGGUCCGCGUGAAGAAAAGUGCAGCUACCCUGGGCAUCGCCAUCGAGGGUGGCGCCAACACACGCCAGCCCCUGCCUAGGAUUGUCACCAUUCAGCGAGGCGGCUCGGCCCACAACUGUGGGCAGCUCAAGGUGGGCCACGUGAUCCUGGAAGUGAACGGGCUGACGCUCCGGGGCAAGGAGCAUCGGGAGGCUGCCCGCAUCAUCGCUGAGGCCUUCAAGACCAAGGACCGUGACUACAUCGACUUCCUGGUCACCGAAUUCAAUGUGAUGCUCUAGGGGCCGAGGCCUAACGGCCUCCCACUACUGCCCAGCCCCGGGUCCCUCCCCUGUCCUGCCACUCUCAGGCUCCUCGAGGGGGAGGGGCUGCGUGGCCUGGGUGGCAGGAAGGCGUCCCCUCUCCCUCCUGGCCCACUGCACCAGAACUGGGGGAAAAGGGAACUGGGCAAGGCCGACAGAUGGCAGGUCAGAGUUGGGGUGCCGGGGACCCGGUGGGCGCUCAAUAUGAGAGGUUCUGGGAAGGAAGACAGAAGAGGAAGGGCAGAGGGCCUGCUUCCAUUGGCUGGAGGGUGGCACUCCUGUCCCCAGCCAGCUAGCACCCAGCCCACCCCCAGAUGCCUGAGCCUCUGGAGCAAGGACACAGGAGAACUCAGACACGGCUUCCUGCGGGGGCAUCUUGCAGGACCUUCAGUGCCACAAACAAGCAUCAAGCCUGCCCCCACUCACACCCUUCCUCCUGGCUCCUCUCCCCACAGUAUUUAUUAUUUAUUUCCUCCCCGCACUCCAGGGGACUCCACAGCCCCAGCUUCCCACCCCCCAGCCUGUUCCGGAGGCCUUGCAGAUGACCAGCAGGGUCAGUGUAUUUAUAUACAGAGCUUACGACUUUAAUUUUUCAAUAAAGAAAUCUGAACAAG